AUGGGUGAUGAUUCUCGCUUGAUUGCUCUGACUGUCUUUACAGCUCAGUGUUAUCAGAAUCUUGCUCGCCAAAUUGAACAACUUUCAUUAUCCCAAAAUCCAUCAAACUCCAACAACACAACAAAUACAAAUCCAACUCCAACUUUAACUGCUCCUCUUCCACCUUGGAAACCUUCGGAGGCACUCACAAAAUUGGUGGUCGAUGCGGUCUUUGAUUUUAUAGGUGCUUCCUACCUCCAAGCAUACACCGAUACAGAGGGCAUCCUUAACAUAAAAGGCCAGAAAGGAACCCUCACUCAUUCUCUUGAGGAACGUGUGAUUGAUCGGGUUAGAGCACAGGACCCAGGCUGGAAGGACAUAAACUUACCAGAAGUCCGUGCUGGAGCUCAUACUCGGUUUCAUAAAGAUGUCAUUGCUUUGAUCAAGAAAAAGUGUAAAAUCGGUCGUGAAAAUCUUCAUCACAUUCUUCUCCGUAACGCUCACCCCAAAUGGGGCUCAACUUCGAAUGCGCUUCCAACGCUGAGCGAUCUGCUCGUAUUGGUCAGGACCUUUUUCUCAUCCUCUGUAGAUUGA